UCUUAAGGGAGAGGAGACUUCUGUCUUUGAACUGGGUGGUUUUGUUCCUAUCUCUCACCAACUGUACCGGGCCCUGGUAUGUUAUGGCAAAGGACUGAGGCUGAAAGAACUAUCAUCUGUUGCUAACAUGCAGUCUAGUUUUCCACAUCCCUUCCAUCUGUGGAUAUAUGAAUAUUUCUUCCCAGUCCCAGGAACAGAAGAACUUGGGGAAAUGGUGUCACAUGGAUUGAGAAGUCUCAAAGACUUCCGAGGGUUUGAUGGAGACUUUACAAUACUCCAAACCAUCGCCUUGCAAUGAAGCUUUGGAUACUAGAUCUUUGGAACCACAGUACUUGCAACAACAUGGGACUUCAGGACAGCCAGCAUCAUACUAAGAAGAAACCCAUCUUAUCCCUUGUCUUAAGGGAAGAGAGAUCAUCCUGAAUGGAAAAAUCAAAGAAGAAAAAGAAUACCAGCAGCUUACAGCACACUGCAAAUAGCUCAUCAGGGCCUGACCAAGUAAUCCUUACUAGUGAUUCCAACGCUUAUAGACAUUCACCAAGAACAGAAAGGUUUAAUCCUUCUAAAAUCAUCAAAAAAAAUACUCAGAUAAAGAGACCAACUACUGUCACCCUAUUGCAAAGAUCCAAAAGGGGAAGCAUGUCUGAUGGUCUGGCUCAACCCCCUAUAAUCCCGCCCCGAAGACCAAGAUUUAGACUGUGCUACAUUUGUGGAAAAGAAUUUGGUUCUCAGUCCAUUUCCAUUCAUGAACCCCAGUGCCUGAAGAAGUGGCACAUUGAAAACAACAAGUUACCCAGAAAUCUCAGAAAACCAGAGCCCCCAAAACCAAAACCUCUCAGUGGUACUACUUCUUAUGAUUUGCAGUCUAUCCACGAGACUGCCUUUGAGAGUGCUCAGGCUCAGCUAUUGCCUUGUGAACACUGUGGUCGAACUUUCUUGCCUGACCAUCUUCUUGUUCACCUAAGAAGUUGUAAGCCAAAAGCUAAUUUCUCUGAGAAUCCCCCUGGCAAGAAGAAAACCCUUGGUGGAUUCAUGUCCCCACCGAAGACUCUCCUCUGUUAUGUCUGUGGCAGAGAGUUUGACAGCCAGACUCUUUCUGCCCACGAGUUAGAGUGCCUGGAGAAAUGGAAAGCAGAAAAUCAGCGACUCCCCAAAGAGCUCCGCCAGAUACCCCCUCAGAAGCCAAAGCGUUAUUCAGCCAAGCCAGCUAAGCCUGAGACUUCUGACAGUCAUGAGGAUACACAAAUGGUGUGCUCCAAGUGUAACAAGAUCUUUAUAUUGGAUCGUCUUCAUAUACACCAAAAAAUUUGCCAACUUCAAGCCUCUGAUUCCAGCACUUUUAAAAGUAGAAGCAAUGGGAAGGAGUCAGUAAAAAUUAAGCAACAAAAGAACAAGGCAGGAUCCUUCAGAUCUGACAAGCCCUCAGUGAAAAGACGACCACCAACAAUUAUUUGCUACAUUUGUGGUCGUGAAUAUGGAACUAAGUCUAUCAGCAUCCAUGAGCCACAGUGUCUGAAAAAAUGGCAUAAUGAAAACAAUUUGUUGCCUAAAGAGUUACGGAGACCAGAGCCAAAAAAACCAGAAGUCAGACCCAUUGGAGCCAAAGGCUACUAUGAUCUAGAUGCUAUAAAUGAAGCUGCCUGGACAAGUGCCCAGAACCAGUUGGUUCCAUGUGAUAACUGUGGGCGUACCUUCCUGCCAGACAGACUAGUCGUCCACCAGCGGUCCUGUAAACCUAAAACAGCCAAGGUCACACUAGAUCAACUGACAUCCAGCAGACCCUACAUUUGCGAUCUUCCAUAGUAUAUACAAUUCCAGAGUAGAGACAGCUUGAGCUGUCCUGUCAAUUUCAUCCACAUUUCUUCCUUCUAUGAUGAAGCAAGCCAGGAGAAUGAGGCCAAACAUUCCAGCUAGAUUCACUAACAAGAAGCAGGACAAAGUAACUAUUUUUUAUUUCUUACUAUACCCUAGCAAGAGACAUCCCUUUCAGAAAAAAUGGUUAGAGAUCUAGACAGAGAGACCUGGGGGUCAAUACUUGCCUCUGACACCUAGGCAGAAGUAUCUAACUCUGGACAAAUCAAUUCAUCUCUCAGUAUUCUAGGCAACUCUGUAAGUCUGUAAGUUGCAGAGACCCUACUAACCUGCACUGACAGAGGGAGUUCCUGAACCUCAGAGUUCCCUAUAGUAUGGAAAUCACAGGUCCAGGCCAUAUUCCUGCUAUACCUUACCUCUGGAUUCUUACCUUUUUUUGGGGGGGAGGGGCAUUAUGGAACUCUACUGGCAGUCUGGGACCUAACAACAUGAUGUCUUUGUAAGGUCACAAAAUUGGUUGUAAAUAAUGCCUUCAUUUGUAUUUUAUGGGGAGAGGGAGGAGUAGUAAGUAGCUUUGAUUUAUGUUAAUCACUUGUGUGCCUAAAGCACAGCAUCAGUAGAAUUUGACAAAUGGAAUAGUUAAAGCCUAUGACAAAUGUUAAAAGUCCAUAUAUAAUAUUGAGUAAUUAUAUCAAAUAGGGAUUCUAAUCUUCAAAUCCUGACUCUGCCAUUUAAUACUUGUGUGACCUUGAACAUAUCACUUAAUUCUGGGCCUCAGUUUCCUCAUCUGUAAAAUGAAAAUGUUAGCCUAGAUAGCAUGUAAGUUCUCUUCUAGCUCUGUGAGUGUGUGGUCCCUGAAUCUGCCACUAAUUAGUUGUGAUCUUGGACAAGAGGUGAAGACCUCUCUAGAUCUGAUUCCUCACUUGUAAAAUGAGAGGAAAGGAUUAGAUAAUGUUGAAGAUUGCUUAUACCACUAAUGAAUUGACUGUAUAUGUGUUGCUGGUCAUUUUCAAAGAUCCACUUAGAAUGAAGUGAAUGUACAUAGGACUAGAGUAUUUGUUGGUAUUUCAAAGGUUUAUGCUGCUUCCUACUAGGGCAAAGAAGCCAAAAGCAGCAACAAAAAACAUCUGCUCUGGCUCAGUCCUUUUAUUGCACUUGGUAUAAUGGAAAGAAUCUAAGACACUUUACUCCCAACAGCUAUUCAAACACAAUUCUCGAUUCUAAAGUGUGAGAGUCCUUGAAAUAGCUGAAAGGGUGAGUUUUAUGUGAAUCUUUACAGAAGGAGAACCUUCAGCCUGGCUGAAUUAAAUCCACAGCCCAUCCUGAAAUUUCUGCCUUUCCAGUGGUUUUAAGGAAGGGAGUCUCAAAAUAUAUUAUGUAUUGAAAUCUGGAACCAAGCAACCAAUUGUAAUGACAUCAAUGUACAAUUGUUGGCAGGGUAUAAAAACAAUACAACACCAUUUUACUAAGAGGAAACAGUUUGCCUGCACCUCCCCCAAUUAAUUGAGAAGGGGAAGGGAAAGGAGGUGAGAGAGGAAAAGAGAAAGAGGGAGAGAAAAAAGAAAAGGGAGA